AUGACCCUUUUUAGUAAGCUAAGAGGUCAGUCCAGAAACAUCAGAUACCCUCGUUGUUUUUACUCUACACAGAUGCAGCAAAACGUGAGGCCAGAAGCGGACAAGUUGUUACAGGACAUAGCGACGUAUGUCCACUCGAAGCCAAUUGAUUCCUCACUGGCUCUGAAGACCGCAAAGCUCUGUCUAUUGGACACGCUUGGGUGCGGUCUUGCCGCUUUGAAAUUCGACCAACCACGGCAGAUCAUCGAGCCCAUUACAUCAACUCUGGGGAAGAUCCCCGGCGGCACUAGAGUGCUCGGAACUAAAUUUGAGAUGGACCCAGUUAACGGUGCGUUUGCACUGGGGACACUGAUCAGAUGGCUGGAUUUCAACGAUUGCUGGCUAGCUGCUGAAUGGGGCCACCCUUCCGACAAUCUGGGAGGGAUCCUUUCCGUGGCCGAUUUCGUCAACAGAGCGGGGACAAGCCCCAAUGGUCGGAAAUGGACCGUCAGGGAUGUCUUGGAGGCGAUGGUAAAGGCGCACGAAAUCCAGGGAGUUCUGGCGUUGGACAAUUCGUUCAACUCUCACGGACUCGACCAUGUAGUGUUGGUUAAAGUGGCCACCGCGAGCGUCGUCUCCAAACUGUUGGGCCUUACAAGUGAACAAACUAUGGAGUGUGUUUCACAGGCCUGGGUGGACGGUCAAAGCUUGAGGACUUACCGCCAUGCACCAAAUACCGGGUCCAGGAAAUCGUGGGCUGCUGGGGAUGCAUGUUCGAGAGCUGUCAAAUUGGCGUACCUGGUGAAACAAGGUAACGUUGGUUUGAUUCCCUCCGUUCUAUCGGCACAGACAUGGGGUUUUUAUGACGUCUUGAAUGGCGGUGAGCCGUUCAAAUUUACCCAGAGAGAUUCGUUUGAGUCUUACGUCAUGGAAAACGUCCUCUUCAAGAUUUCAUUCCCAGCAGAAUUCCAUGCGCAAACAGCGGUGGAAUGCUCCAUCAAGGCUCACAGUAUCUUGAAACAGUUGGGGAAGACUGCUGCAGAUAUCAAAUCGGUAAGAAUAAGAACCCAAGACGCAGCGAUGAGAAUUAUUGACAAACAGGGCCCACUAUACAACUACGCUGAUAGAGACCACUGCAUCCAGUACAUGUCUGCUGUACCACUUAUCCAUGGUAGGCUCCAGGCUAACGACUACAUGGAUUCUGUCGCAGAAGACCCUCGGAUCGACGAAUUGAGAGCAAAGAUGUUUUGCGUCCGCGACGAACAGUUUACACUGGACUACCAUGACCCAGAGAAAAGAUCUAUCGCAAACGCUCUCCGGAUAGAAUUGAACGACGGCACUGUUUUGGAUGAGAUUGUAGUCGAAUACCCUGUUGGCCACCGCCGCAGAAGAGAGGAGGGGAUCCCAUUGCUAAUGUCUAAAUUCGAAAACCAUCUGAACGAUCACUUCACAGCAGAACCUGAACGUGUCCAGAAAAUCUUAGAACUGGCUCAAAGUGAGAAGCUACUGGAUACCACGGCGGACGAGUUCGUAGACUUGUUCUGGAACUGA